UUUUGUAAUGCUGCGUCGGCUGCUCAGUUUGCCAUUUGUACAAUGAUAAUAGUGUAAAGUUUAUUUUUAUAAGUUUUUUGUGAUUUUUCGUGAGUCUCGUGUUACUUUACUAUUGCUGUAAAUUGUUAGUAAACAUUUUCCAAACUUGUAUUACAGUAUGCUUAUUGAAUGUAAAAUAUCCUAAUCUUCAUAGAUUUAUUAUGACCAAACCAACGGUGAAAGAAAUAAUUAGUUUGUACAGAGAUCUCAUUCGCUACUCAAGAACGUUGAAGUUUACUGAUAAAGAUUAUUUCUUGUUCCGAAUAAAAGACGAGUUCAGGAAGAACCAGAAUGUAGAAAAACCUGAAGCUGUAGAAUUCUGUUACAAGAAAGGAAGAGCCCUGUUGAAGAACCAGAGAGUGAUAUGAUGCUGAAGACAUUACUGAGAGGUCAUGGCCUGACCCAACCAUGGCUCAUGGGUCAGGCAACUGUAGUCACAAGUGGCGCAGCAUUAGUGAGCAAAAAACAUCUCGACUUCUCGUUACAGCCACAGGUGCGUGUAUGAAUCCU